GCUGUGACGAGACGGGAGUCUGGACGAUCAGCUGUGACGAGACGGGAGUCUGGACGAUCAGCUGUGACGAGACGGGAGUCUGGACGAUCAGCUGUGACGAGACGAGUCUGGACGAUCAGCUGUGACGAGACGAGAGUCUGGACGAUCAGCUGUGACGAGAAGGGAGUCUGGACAAACAGCUGUGACGAGAAGGGAGUCUGGACAAACAGCUGUGAUGUGACUUGAUUCAUGACGAUCAACUGUGACUUGGCUUGACUCAUGAAGAUCAGCUGUGACGGCCAUUUUGCGAUCGGGCUCCGCUGUUGCCGCCAUUUUGUGCUCGUGCUCUAGUGCGACUGCCAUUACAUGAGUGAGUGCAGUGUCGCAUUCCUCCGCGACACCCACAGUGAUCACUGAACUAAAAGUCAAUAAAGUAUAGUCCAUAAAAUCACUUCGAGACAAACGGGGACUUUCAAGGAUUAAUCGCGAUUUGAGCGGCUGGUUAAUGCCCUCACAAAAAACAAAUCUAUGAGCACACAGUCAGGCAAAUCAGAAUAAUUAGCGAUCUCUAAAUACUCUUGAAUAUAGCUCUCGAGUGAUCGAGUGUCCUGCUUGAGAGCUAACAGCAGUUUUGCGGUGUCCAUACCUGACCAGUGUCCAUUUGAAAAGCUGCUGGAUCCUUUGGUGGCCAAGUAUUCUGUUACACGGCGAACGAGACGUGAGACGUGCAGAUCCAUUUUCAAGCUUUAUUCCAAGAUGUGGUCAACAAACACAGGCAGGGUCAGAACAUCAGCAAACAGGUAUAACAUAGGCAAGACAAAGAGCAAUCCUAGGGCAAUCGUGGGUCUUUUAGCAGCAAACAAUAUCCAGAGGGCUUGAGAAGAGGGGUAGUCCAAAAACAUGAGCAAUAGUCCAAGCGAGGUACAAACAGAGUCCGAACGGCAAGGCAAAGGGAUAAUCCAAGAUACACAGGCGAGAAUACAAGACUAGAAACUAUGAAGACUAGACUAGACUAGACUAGACUACACACUAUGACUGGAAAUGGCUCCGUAAAGUGCUAUCACUAGGAGAGCGAUAAACGCAGACAAUACUCAGCCACUAGAGCAGGAUAUGAAUGUGUGUUAAGUAGAGUGUGUAAUAGCUCUCAGGUGAGCGUGUGAUUGGUGACAGCUGUGUGAUCAGUGCAAUGGAUGAUGGGAACUGUAGUCCAGAGUGACAUGUAAAAGUCUGUGUGGUGUGAGAAUCAAUGUAAAGAGAAGACGACAUCUAGUGGUGAGCAAUCGGAAGUGCAUGGACAGGAUUCGUGACAGUUAUAAAUGAUCACAUUAAUUUUCAUCUGUUUUGGGUCAUCUGUUUUGCAUUAUGAAAGUUGUAACAUUAUUUAUUCUUAUUAUCAUGAAUUGCUUUGCUACAUAAAUAAUGACAUUAUUUUCACCUUUGCUCCAUGUGAUUGUUAAGCUUAAAAUACUACACAUUUGUCAUGUUAAAAAUCAAGCAAAAAAAAUUAAAUAAAAAUAAUACUUGUCAAAACUAUUAUGGGUUUAUAAUUGCUAUUGUGGAUCAUUUCAUCAGAGUACAGCAAUCAUAAUAUUCCACAACAGCGCAGACAGAAUUAAAGUGUGAUUGUAACUGCAAUUAAUACUGUUAAUUUGGCAUAAAUGAUUAAUCAAUAUGAGUGAUAAUCACACCCCUUAUGGGUGGUUAAUGAUUCUCUAAACUAUCAGUCUGACAAACAGCAUUGCAUCACAGGCAGCAUCGUAUCGAUUUAUUAGCUUUGCUUUCCAAGUGAAUCUGUCCCUUUUCCUCAAUGUGACGUUCUGUGAUUUUUAAUGUCUUGAUCUAUCAGUCAUUUAGUAAAACUGUUCAAGACUUCACAACAGGCUGAUUCAAACAUCUCAUGUCUUAGUAAAUAACACUUUUACUGAAUUUCAACAAGUUCAAACUCUUUCUGUGGCUGUUCACUGUAACCAAACAGAUCGUGGCUGGUUGGCGUUAUCACACAGACAGCUAAUAUUUGACUUCUUUGAGACAGCAGGCAAAAAUCUGACAUCAUCGUGACAGAAAUAGGCAUGUACCCAUACAAAACAUUGCGUAAUAGUGAUUGCACUUUUAGAGAGAGCAGACGCCUCAGGAACUACUGCUGGAGUUAGUGAAUGAAGUUUCUCAACAGCUCAGUAAAGGUUUCUUCACUUGUUUGUAUGUGCUUGAACAUUAAAAUCGGUGAAUCUCACAGAUAUGGACCCUCAGGUGCCCAAAGACAAAUAUAAUGGCGUGUGGUUGGUUUUCUUCAUGCUGGGGUUGGGAACACUGCUGCCGUGGAAUUUCUUCAUGACAGCCACUGUGUAUUUCACCAGUCGUCUGGCAGAUCCUUUAAGUGGAGCGAAUUUCUCGGUCAACGCGACUGAAGAAGACUCGCGGAGCGUCUUACAGGCCAAGUUUAAUAAUGUGAUGACGCUGUGUGCGAUGGUUCCUCUGCUGGUCUUCACCUGCCUCAACUCAGUGCUUCACCAGAGAAUCCCUCAGAAGAUCCGGAUCGCAGGGAGUCUGAUGGCCAUUCUGGUGGUGUUUCUGCUCACCGCCAUUCUGGUGAAAGUAGAUUUGGAGCCGCUGCCGUUCUUCAUCAUCACCAUGAUCAAAAUCAUCUGCAUUAACUCGUUCGGAGCGGUUCUUCAGGGAAGUCUGUUUGGGAUGGCCGGACUCCUGCCAGCAUCCUACACGACACCCAUCAUGAGCGGACAGGGACUCGCAGGAACCUUUGCUGCUUUUUCCAUGAUCUGUGCCAUCGCCAGUGGUUCUGCUAUGCAUGACAGUGCGUUUGGAUACUUCAUCACAGCGUGUGUCGUUAUCUCCCUUGCAAUCGCAUCGUAUGCUCUACUUCCUAGACUGGCGUUUUUUCAGUACUAUCAGGAGAGUCAGCAGAGCAAACCAGCUGAGGAUGAGGAGAACAAGAUGGAUCUGCUGAAGAAAGAUGAGCGGCAGAAGAGCGAUGGAGACGACGACAAACAAACACCGUCCAUACUGGCCAUCUUUAAGAAGAUCUGGGUUAUGGCGUUCUCUGUGUGUUUCGCCUUCACCAUCACCAUCGGCACGUUUCCCGCCGUCACUGUGGACAUUAAAUCUACUAUCGCUGAUGGUGGAAAGUGGGAGCUGUAUUUCAUCCCAGUGUCUUGUUUCCUGUUAUUUAAUGUGUUUGAUUGGCUUGGUCGCAGUCUGACGGCAGUCUGUAUGUGGCCUGGUGAAGACAGUAAGCUGCUGCCGGGUCUGUUAGUGGCCCGUGUGAUUUUCGUCCCGCUCUUCAUGCUUUGUAACGUCCAGCCUCGCUUCAAUCUGCCCGUCUACUUCUCACACGACGGCUGGUUCAUCGCCUUCAUGAUCCUCUUUGCCUUUUCUAACGGAUAUCUGGCCAGCCUGUGCAUGUGCUUCGGACCCAAGAAGGUGGAUGCGAGCGAGGCGGAGACAGCUGGAACGAUCAUGGCCUUCUUCCUGUCUCUCGGUCUGGCUCUCGGAGCGUCUCUGUCGUUUCUGUUUCGAGCGCUCGUCUGAGGUCUCGGUGGACACACACUCAGUGUUCUGUACAGAGAUGAGACCGAAUGAGCCUUACAGUCAUAUGAAGGUCCGGAGCGGCCCUCCAUACAGGACAAACUCAAAACAUCAGAGUCACUUCGACAUCAAGACCUGAUCCUGAGCCGAAAGUACACAGACUCACUGAUGCUGGAUGCUUUAAACCUUAUAUAUUUUAUUGUAUUGCUCUUAAUGUAAAGGACUUACCGCCUACACUACUGUUCAAAAGUUUGGGGGCAGUAAGAUUUAGUUUUUUAAAAGAAUUUAAUACUUUUAUUCAGCAAGGGUGCAUUAACUCCAUCAAAAGUGACAGAAAUCUUUCGUAUCAUUAUAAAUGAAUUGACUAUUUCAAAUAAAUGCUGUUCUUUUAAACUUUCUAUUCAUCAAAUAAUCCUGAAACAUAAAAUGCAUCACGGUUUCCACAAAACAACUGUUUUCAACAUUGAUAAUAAUCAGAAAUGUUUCUUUAGCAGUAAAUCAGCAUAUUAGAAUGAUUUCUGAAGAUCAUGUGACACUGAAGACUGGAGUAAUGAUGCUGAAAAUUCAGCUGAGCAUCACAGGAGUAAAUUACAUUUUUACUAUAUAUUCACAUAGAAAACAGCUAUUUUAAAUUGGAAUAUUUCAUUGUUUUUACAGUAUUUUGAUCAAAUAAAUGCAGCCUUGUUGAGCAGAAGAGACUUCUUUCAAAAAACAUUAACAAAUCUUGCUGACCCAAAACAUUUGCAUGGUAGUGUAUAAGUCGUACAACCAUUAUUAUUGUUUAAGAAAAACUUGUUUUAACAUAUUUUGAAUUUCACCCAAAUAGUUCACCCAAAAUCAUCAUUUACUCAGAAUGGCAGUGUUUGGAUGUGAACUAUUUCUUCAGUUGAUUGAUUGUGAGUUUUUAUCAUAGCUUCCUUAAAGAUAUAUUUUCACGAGAGCACAGAACAGCAUGUUAUUUGUAUAAUAUGCAAACCUCUUUCAUUUUAUAGAAGUUUAUCUAAAGUAAAUAUUGUAUUAUAGUCUUUUUAAUAACCAGGUAGACAACCAUAGCGCUUUAUAUGAAGGUGACGUGCAUUAUGAUGUUAUAUUUAACUUAUAUAUAAACAUCAACGUGAAGUUAACCGCAACGAACAAACCCACUCUACCUCGUACCAUAUUGAACAACUUUUUUUUCCCUCAACACUACACUACAAGACACCAAAAUGCCAAGUAUUAUAUGCUUUGUUAUUAAUAAAAAACUGUUUAUUUCUGCA